CGGCGGAGGGAGGUCGCGCACGGCGGGGUCGUGGUUGGUCGGUGCGGUAGCGCCUCGGGUUGCCUUGGAGGUUAUAGCGAGCGUCUGGCUCCAGAACCGUGUGUUUCUGUUCGUGGGCUUACCGCGCGGGCGACACAGAUCGGUGACGGCAGACGCGUUUCGUCGUUGCGAGCGGAAGGAACGCGCAUCGGGCAGCUCUCGACACACACACACGCAAACGGGUGGCGGCGCAUCUGACCGCUAACCACCGUGCACACACACGUGAAUUUCGGGCCGCACACGCCUUUUUACGUACGGCAAAGUGGACUCGAUGUCGAUAAUAUGUCGGCUACGAGCAACGUUAGGACGACACGGAUGCACAGGCUGGCCAGUCGGGCCGUUUGACGAUUAUUUAUGAAUCCACGGAAAGAUCUGAGGAGAGGGUAUCCACGGUACAACAACAACAACAACAACAGCGACAUGGUGAAGGAGAAGGCGAAUUCGAUCCGCAUCUACGACUCGGAGGGCUACCGACGCAGGGCCGCCUGUAUCUGCGUCAAGAGCGAUCUCGAGGACGAGGUACUGCUAGUUACAUCCAGUCGAAGACCCGACAGUUGGAUAGUACCAGGCGGCGGCGUCGAACCCGAGGAGGAACCAUCGGUCACGGCUCUCCGCGAGGUCCGGGAGGAGGCUGGCGUUCUAGGACAGUUGGGCCGUUGCCUCGGCACAUUUGAGGUUAUAACUCGUGAUAACACGGAGCACAAACACCGAACGGAAGUGUGGGUUAUGCGAGUGACCGAGGAGCUGCCAGAAUGGGAGGACUCGCGCGCUAUCGGCCGGAAGCGAAAGUGGUUCACCAUACCGGAGGCCCUGCUGCAGCUUGGUCAACACAAGCCCGUCCAGCGCUCCUACCUGCACAGCCUCCACAAUACCAAUCCACGGCACAAUCCCACCUCUCAGCUGUCCAAUCAUUCGCACUCCACGAUGGCGUCUAUCGAGCUAAUGAAUAACUCUAGUAACAACACCACCCAUUUGAGCGAGCACAGCUAAUAUAUCGUCGCGCGGAAUCACGAAAAGCCAACGUUUUUAAUCCAGAAUUCGAUUCCCCCCCUCCCGCGCCACUCGGGUUGUCUCUCCGAGCAAAAAUUCGCCGUUACUUCUCCCCCCCUUCUCCCCCUAAGGGACCUCCACUACUGCAACUACUGUUGUGUUUUAUAUAUAUAAAUUGAUAUUAUCUAUGUGCUUAUAUCUCUUAUGAUUAUUAUCCUUAGGUUAAUUACUACGAUUAUUAUUACGUUUAGUCUUAGAUUGUUGAUGAAUCGUUUCGCGAAGGUGCACCCCCCUUCCUUUUUCUUAUGUACAUGUAAUCGAAUUCUCAUUUUUCCGAUAUGACUUUUUAUCGAACGCGCGAGUGAUUAAGCCAAUAUUGUUUUAUUUUAUUGUCAUUAUUAUUUAGUGUUUGUGCCUAAUAUACGUAGGAUGCCAUACACGUGAUCCUUUUCCACGUAUCGCAUAUCCCGGCUCUGUACAGCUGCGCGAAACAACUUUUUCUACAUUUUGUCGAGGCGAAGGAAAAGUUGCGUUGUACUUGUUAAUAUACGGACGAUAAAUUGUGUACUUUGUAUAUUAACUUCUUGAAUAAAUUUUGUAAUAAUUUCUGCGAAUUAUAUACAAAGAAAAUGCGCGCACAGCUGCCGCUCUUUAUACCCUCCGUCUGUGGUAAAGAAGAUAAAUUACUAUUAUAUCGAAUUUCUUUCGCAAACAACGUAACGUCGAUUCAUUAAUAUUUCGUUACUGCAGCUUGAGUUUCUCGAACAAUGUACGACUUUAGAUAUCUCUAAUUUUCUGUAUUAUUUAUUUUUUUUUUUUUGCGAUACUUUGUGAUGACAAAUAUAGUUUGUAUUGCAUAGAUUCUCGAGAUUUCUAUGGAAGGAAAGGAUUUGAAGGAGAAAGCGAACAACUUUUUGUAGCGGACUCAAAUAUGAGACAUUAAAAAUUUUUACUAUUUAAAAAUAA